AUGGUUGACGGCGAUGUUGUUCAGGGCAAGAAGUCCUUCAUGGGCAUGCCUGGCUUCGUGGUGGACUUCUUGAUGGGUGGUGUUUCUGCCGCCGUCUCGAAAACCGCUGCUGCCCCCAUUGAGCGUGUCAAGCUCUUGAUCCAGAAUCAGGAUGAAAUGCUCAAAGCCGGCCGUCUCGACCGCAAAUAUGCCGGUAUCGCCGACUGCUUCAGCCGUACCGCAAAGAACGAGGGUGUGAUGUCUCUGUGGAGAGGUAACACUGCCAACGUUAUCCGAUACUUCCCUACCCAGGCCCUCAACUUCGCCUUCCGCGACACAUACAAGUCGAUGUUCGCCUUCAAGAAGGAGCGUGAUGGCUACUGGAAGUGGAUGGCUGGUAACUUGGCCUCCGGUGGUGCUGCCGGUGCCACCUCCCUUCUCUUCGUCUACUCCCUCGACUAUGCUCGUACCCGUCUUGCCAACGAUGCCAAAUCUGCCAAGGGUGGUGGUGACCGUCAAUUCAACGGCCUGGUCGACGUCUACCGCAAGACCUUGGCUACUGACGGUGUUGCUGGUCUCUACCGUGGUUUCGGUCCCUCCGUCCUUGGUAUCGUGGUCUACCGUGGUCUCUACUUCGGCAUGUACGACUCCAUCAAGCCUGUUCUCUUGGUCGGUCCUCUUGAGGGUAACUUCCUGGCCUCUUUCAUGCUUGGUUGGGCUGUCACCACUGGUGCCGGUAUUGCUUCUUAUCCUCUCGACACUAUCCGUCGUCGUAUGAUGAUGACUUCCGGUGAGGCUGUCAAGUACAAGAGCUCUCUCGAUGCUGCCCGAACCAUCAUGGCUGCUGAGGGUGUCCGAUCCUUCUUCAAGGGUGCUGGUGCCAACAUUCUCCGUGGUGUCGCUGGUGCCGGUGUCUUGUCCAUCUAUGACCAGGUCCAACUUCUCAUGUUCGGCAAGGCCUUCAAGGGUGGUUCCGGCUAA